GUCGCAUGAUUAAAUAACAAAAAAAGAAAAAAUAUGAUUCGCUCCCAGGUGUUUUCUGGUGUCGCGAGAUUGCUGAAAUACAAUAGAGGCACCCCCCUGAUACGCGGCAAGAGCAGCAAGGCCACCACAACAAGCAGCCUCGAUCCACAGCAGCGGGAUGGUGGCAGCGAAAAGCCGGGCGGCGUGGAAGCGGCAGCGGAACAACCGCAACAACAGCUGCCCGCACGUGAACCGCUGGUGAAGAACUUCUUUGUUGGCGCUGUGGACAAGGAGCUGCUGGCCUAUCCGGAGGUUAUAGCCCGCGAGGACAUGGCACAGCUGCAGAAUGCCCUGCUGCCGCUCAAGAAUUAUUUCAGCGAGCCCAAAGGAACGGAGGAGACCGCACAGAUUCUCAAGCAGCUUGGACUCUACGCCUUGAAUGUGCCCACCGACUACGAUGGCAGAGGCUAUGGCUGGAGCGCCAGUUUGAUGGCCAGCGAGCCGGACUCGACGGCCACCAGUGUGGGCCUGGGACUGCAGGCACAUCGCGUGGUCGUGGACCUGCUGCGGGAGGUGGGCACGCCACAGCAGCAGCAGCGAUAUCUGCUGGCGCUGGGCACUGGACAACUGAUAGCCACCGAGGCCAUCUAUGAGUAUACGCCGCCCGAGGACGAUUACUUCAGCACACAGGCAACAUUCACGCCCGAGUCCAGGUCGUGGGUGCUCAACGGCGAGAAGGCCUAUGUGGUGUGUGCGCCCGGGGAGCGGCAACUCUUCCUGGUGCUGGCGCAGACACAGCAGCCCAAUGUGAGCGGCUCCUUGGGCCGUGGCACCACCAUCUUUCUGGUGGACUCCCAGCAGGCGGGCGUACGGCUGGGCGAGCAGCACGCGACCUUUGGCUGCCGCGAGACUCAGAUGCGGCGCGUUCACUUCGACAACGUGCAGCUGAGCGAGGAGCAGGUGGUGGGACUGCCGCACGACGGCAAUCGCUACUCGGAGCAGCUGGUGCGUGCCUCCCGUUUGCGCAGCAGCCUCGUCGGUCUCUCCCUGGCCAAGCGGCUGCUCAACGAACUGACCCAAUUCAGCGUGGACACCACCCAGUGCGGCGUGCACAUCAAAGACCUGGAGCUGACGCGCGUGCAUCUGUCGCGUGCCAUGUGCUCGGUGUACGCCAUGGAGAGCAUGUUGUACCUCACCGCCGGACUGCUGGACGAGUUCCAGGGCCAGGACGUGACGCUGGAGAGUGCCAUAACCAAGUACUACACCCUCAAGCAGCUGUACGCGAUUGCCUCCCAAAAUCUGGGCGUUGUGGGACCCAAGAGCCUGCACAGCGGUCAGGCCACAGAGCUGGGCCUGCGGGAUGCCGCCCAGCUGUACACCCAAGGGGAAUCCAUCGACACGUUGAGCAUGUUCAUUGCCCUCACAGGACUGCAGCAUGCGGGGCAAGCGAUGAAUUCGGGUGUGCGAAAGAGCAGGAAUCCGCUCUUCCAUCCCGGCCACAUCUUUGGCAAGUUCCUGGAGACGUCGGGCAUUGAGAAUCCAAAGACCAAAAUGCAUUUGUCCGAGCACGUGCAUCCCACGCUGGAGGCGGCGGCUCAGUGCAUUGAGCAGUCGGUGGCCCGCCUCCAGAUGUCCGUCGAGCUGAUGUUCACCCGUCACGGCAACGCGGUGGUGGAGCGCCAGAGUGAGAUGCAACGCCUGGCCGAGAUCUCAACGACCAUUUACGCGAUGUGGGCCAGUGUGGCGCGUGCCUCGCGCUCCUACUGCAUCGGCCUGCCCCUCGCUGACCACGAGCUGCUCACAGCCAGCGCCGUCUGCUCGCAGGGUCGGGACACGGUCCUGACCCUCUGCACGGAGAUCUUUGGCGGAAAUUUCGUGAACAACGACAACAAUCUGGUGCGGCUCUCCAAUCAGCUGACCAAGAGCAAAGGCUACUUUGCCGUGCAUCCGUUGACAUUUAAUUUCUAGACCUUUGAGGAAUAGUUUUACAUUAUAAAUAUAUCAAGUUUUGUUAA